UUUCCUCAUUUUCUUGGGUUCAAAUCCGUCUCUCUCAUUUUCUCCUCUAUCUACAACCGAUAGGAUUGAAGUUUCUAGGGUUCGUCAUUUUGCGAAAGCUCAAAUUCGUCUCGUGUGGUGUUCGCAAUGGACGAAGAUCCUGAGAUUCCCCAACAAACUAAUCCAAUCGAAGAUCCCGAGGUGAUUCCGACGCUCUCAGGUGAUGCUGCUGAUGUUGAUUCGAGCCUGGAUGCUGCAGCAGCUUCUUCUUCUUCACCUACGGAGCUCGAUUCAUCGGUUGCUGACGACGACGGCGACGGCGGUGCUAGGGUUUCCGAGAGCGAGAGAUCGGAGAAGAAGCCUGAUCUCACUGCGACUAACGAGGAAGACGACGUAAGCGAAACGGAGCCUAGGGUUUCUGAGAUUAUUAAGAGCGAGGAUGAGAUUGACAAGUCUGAUGACAGUCCCGAGCUUCAUAAACAAGAAGAUGAUAAUGAUGAUGAGGUUGGAUCCGAAGCUGAUGACGUGGCGUUCGAGGAAGAAGAAAAGCGAGGAGCUUUAGAGAAACCGGCGGUUACGGAUUACAAAUCUCUCUUAUCCGAGUUCGACGAUUACGUGGCGAGCGAGAAGAUGGGCUCCGGAGUGUCCAGAGCCUUGAGCUACGGGUUCCAAGUGGGAGACUUGGUGUGGGGGAAAGUAAAGUCUCACCCUUGGUGGCCUGGCCACAUCUUCAACGAAGCCUUCGCGUCUCCCUCCGUUCGCCGCAUGAGGAGAGUGGACCACGUCCUCGUCGCCUUCUUCGGCGACAGCAGUUACGGAUGGUUCGAUCCCGCCGAGCUCAUCCCCUUCGAGCCUCAUUUACCCGAGAAGGCGCACCAGACGGCCGCCAAGCACUUUGUGAGAGCUGUGGAGGAAGCUGUGGACGAGGCGAGUAGGAGGUCGGCGCUUGGGCUGACUUGUAAAUGCAGGAACCCGUAUAACUUUAGGGCGACUAGUGUUCAGGAUUACUUCUCUGUUGAUGUCCCGGAUUACGAGGUUCAAGGGGUUUACUCUUGGGAGCAGAUUAAGAAAGCGAGGGAUGAGUUUUCGCCUGCUGAGGCUUUAUCGUUUGUGAAAGGGUUGGCUUUAGCGCCUCGGGAGUGUGAUGAUGAUGAUGAUGAUGAGAGUUUGGGUUUUUUGAAGAAGAAAGCGGCGGUUUCUGCUUUCCGCAAGGCAGUGUUUGAGGAGUUCGAUGAAACGUAUUCGCAGGCUUUUGGGUCGAAGUCUGUGCGUGCUUCGGUGACUUCGAAUGAACCCCAUAAUAGAACACCCUCUCGAGCUCCCUUGAGUGGCCCGCUGGUGAUAGCAGAAACUCUAGGUGUACCGAAGAGCUCUAAGACCCCCACAAAGGUUAAGGAUUCGAAGAAACAAGACAAGUAUCUUCUCAAACGCAGAGAUGAAGCUGGUGAUAAGAAUGUUCCAUUGGGCCAAGUCGAAGCAAGUUCAAGCACGGGCGUUGGUGGAUCUUCGGACGGGGACUCUGUGCUACUGAGAAGAGUGUCAAAGCUUCAAAGUCCAAUAAAAGAUGAGCAGCCUGGGAUUGUGAGCAUGGAUUCCAACUCUUCAAGUGCAGCUAUUCCUGGGACUGUUCCAAAGCUCUCUCUUGAUGAAGAAAAGGAUGUAGCUGAAGAAUCAGCAGAGAAAACGGAAGAAAGAACUGUAGUAAAUCCAGAGCAUGUGAAAUCUGAAGCUAUGGCGCCUCUUAAGCAAGAGGCUGGACCGGAUUCAGCUGGAAGCUCUCUCCAGCCCCUGAUUGAGUCUCCUCGAGGUUCCACAGGAUCUAUAAUCAAGAAACUCAAAGCUGCUAAACGAUCUUCAAGCGAAAUGGGCACUGAGAAUCCUCCUUCAGAGCCAGUAAAGAAAAAGAAAAAGAUGAAAGAGCCCAACUCUAAUCUUCCGAGAAAGAGAAAGCUUCCAUUAUCUUCUGGGGAGCCUGUAGCCAAGAAACUGCCCCAGCUUGGUUCAGCGCACUUACACACCUAUAUGGAAGCUGAUGUGCCGAAGCUACUGGGUCAUCUGCAAGAUCUCUGUAUUGAACCUUUCUCUGGUUCAUCAGUUGCUUCUUUUGGAGCUGCUAGGAAGUUUUUUAUCCGUUUCCGUUCACUUAAUUACCAGAAAAGCUUGUCUGUAUCUUCAUCUGAUGCUACUUCUGCCUUAAACGCCAAAGACUCAAAACCUGGCAAGACCGUGAACAGAACCGAAGACCCAUCAAAAGCUGGCAAAAAACGCCUCUCAUCUGAUCGUCAAGACGAGAUCCCAUUAGUUAAGAAGCUGAAGAAAACUAAUCAGUUGAAACCAAUGGCGUCUGAGAAACUGAUUAAACGAGAAGCAAAGGAGACUAUAAAACCAGUAAGAGAGCAAAGCGGUGCGGUUCAAGCAAGACCACUAAAGCCUCAAACCGGGAAGAAAACGGCUCCAUCAGCAAAGGUGGUGGAACCCACAAUGCUCGUCAUGAAGUUUCCACCAGGCACAUCUCUUCCUUCACCUGCACUGCUAAAGGCGAGGUUUGGUCGGUUCGGGCUGUUGGAUCAGUCAGCCAUCAGGGUGUUCUGGAAAUCAUCGACAUGCCGCGUUGUCUUCCUGUAUAAAGCCGAUGCACAGACUGCUUUUAGAUAUGCAACGGGAAACAACUCUCUCUUUAGUAACGUGAACGUAAGGUACUUCCUCCGUGACGUUGACGCUCCUAAAGCCGAGACUCAAGAACAAGAAAACGCAAAGGAAGAUGAUGAGCCACAGAGCCAAGUGCCAGACCCAACAUCGCCACGUUACCAACCAAAACUGCCACCACCGCCAAAGAGCAACCUCAAAUCCUGCCUGAAGAAAUUGGGAGAUGACACUAGCAGUAACCGCCCAAGAGUCAAAUUCAUGUUGGAAGGUGAAGAAAACUCGAGUAAAGCAACCACCACCAACGAGCCAUCGAAUAGAAACGAUGGACCUUCUUCAUCAUCUUUUGGAAUGGAAUUUGUAAGUAAGAAGUUUCAAAACGUUGUUCAUCAUCAUCAACAUCAACAGCUUCCUCCUCCUUCAACAUUGCCACCAAUUCUUCCUCUCCCUCCACAAUACUCAAAGCCCAUUAAAACAGUAGACCAUGUUGAACCACCUAUGCCACCACCACCACCUUCUAGAAGCUUUCCUGGUCCGAGCUCAGCGGUUGGUGCCGGAGACAUCUCUCACCAAAUGCUCAACCUUUUGUCGAAAUGCAACGACGUAGUGGCUAACGUGACAGGCUUGUUGGGCUAUGUUCCUUACCACCCAUUGUGAAAAAAAAAAGAAAAAAAAAAGAACAAAGCCCUUUGAGAGAUCAAAAGAACUGUUGCUUUUUUGGUAUUCCUCCUGUGUUGGUUCUGGUUGAUAUAUUGUGUGUUAGAUGUUGAGUCGACUUUAUUAUUUGUUUCAGUCAUGUAUUACAAUGGAUCUUUACAAACACUGCCAUUACCAUA